GUUGUUAGCACCAGAGGAAGAAGGAAGCGGUGACAUCUGACAGGACACUGCUAAGAUGAGCGUCCCAGACUACAUGCAGUGUGCCGAGGACCAUCAGACGGUGCUUGUGGUGGUCCAGCCGGUCGGCUUAGUACCCGAGGACCAGUUCUUUAAGAUCUACAAGCGCAUCGCCAGCGUGAGCCAGGUGAACAUCAGGGACUCGCAGCGUCUCCUCUACAUCCGCUACCGCCACCACUACCUCCCCGAGAACAACGAGUGGGGCGACUUCCAGACGCACCGCAAGGUGGUGGGCCUCAUCUCCAUCACCAACUGUGGCACAGCCAAGGAGUGGCCACAGAUGUCUGAGCGAUUCCACGGCCAGAAGGAAGUGUACAGCUCCACGUUGUACGACUCGCGCCUGCUUGUGUUUGGGCUGCAGGGGGAGAUCGCCGAGCAGCAGCGCACCGACGUGGCCUUCUACACCAGCUUUGAAGACUGCUCCGAUGUGGAGAAGAGAGUGGAAGACUUUGUGGAGUCCAUCUUCAUUGUUCUGGAGUCCAAGCGGCUCGACCGCGCCACAGACAAGUCUGGCGACAAGAUCCCGCUGCUCUGUGUGCCCUUUGAGAAGAAGGACUUUGUGGGUUUGGACACAGACAGUAGGCAUUAUAAGAAGCGUUGCCAGGGACGGAUGAGGAAGCAUGUCGGGGAUUUGUGUCUCCAGGCGAGCAUGCUGCAGGACGCCCUGGUCCACUACCACAUGGCUGUGGAGCUGCUCAGAGGGGUUAAUGACUUCCUCUGGCUGGGUGCUGCGUUGGAGGGUUUGUGUUCAGCGUCGGUUAUAUUCCACUACCCCGGAGGCACCGCGGGGAAGACGGCGGGACGCAAGCCCAGUGUCUCUCAGGCGGCAGAUGCAGGCAAACGCCACAGACCAGGAGCUCAGGAGGUUCUCAUUGACCCAGGUGCCCUCACAGCCAAUGGCAUCAGCGCAGACACGAGUACGGAGAUUGGACGAGCAAAGAACUGCCUGAGUCCUGAGGACAUUAUCGAGAAAUACAAAGAGGCCAUCUCCUACUACGGGAAGUAUAAGAACGCAGGUGUGAUCGAGCUGGAGGCCUGUGUGAAAGCUGUCCGAGUGCUUGCCAUUCAGAAGAGGGCGAGGGAGGCGUCCGAGUUCCUGCAGAACGCUGUGUACAUCAACCUCGGACAGCUGUCGGAGGAGGAGAAGAUCCAGCGCUACAGCAUCCUGUCUGAGCUCUACGAACUCAUCGGCUUCCACCGCAAGUCUGCGUUCUUCAAGCGCGUCGCGGCGAUGCAGUGCGUUGCCCCCACCAUUCCUGAGCCGGGCUGGAGAGCCUGCUACAAGCUGCUGCUGGAGACGCUGCCUGGAUACAGCCUCUCCCUGGAUCCCAAGGACUUCAGCAAAGGGACUCACAGAGGCUGGGCUGCAGUACAGAUGCGCCUCCUGCAUGAACUUGUGUACGCCUCCCGUCGAAUGGGAAACCCGGGCCUGUCUGUGCGCCACCUGUCCUUCCUGCUGCAGACCAUGCUGGACUUCCUGUCUGAUCAAGAGAAGAAGGAAGUGACCCAGAGUCUGGAGAACUACACCUCCAAGUGUCCUGGUGGAAUGGAGGUCAUCACCCUUCCUGAUGGCCUGAAGCUCCCUCCUGUGCCGUUUACAAAGCUCCCCAUUGUCCGAUCAGUGAAGCUCCUCGACCUGCCCGUCAGUCUGCGCCCGCACAAAGUAAAAGGUCUGCUGGGACAGAAUAUGUCCACUGCCAGCCCCUUCAUCUACUCGCCCAUCAUCAUGCACAACAGAGGAGAGGAGCGCUGUAAGAAGAUAGACUUCCAGUGGGUUCAAGGAGACGUCUGUGAAGUGCAGCUCAUGGUCUACAACCCCAUGCCUUAUGAGCUUCGAGUAGAGAACAUGGGUUUGCUGACGUCUGGAGUGGAGUUUGAAUCUCUGCCCGCUGCACUGUCCCUGCCUGCAGAGUCUGGCCUGUACCCUGUCACACUGGUUGGCGUCCCGCGUACGGCUGGCAACAUCACAGUCAACGGUUACCACACGUCCGUGUUCGGCGUCACCAGCGACUGUCUGCUGGAAGCUCUGCCCUCUGUGAAGACCGGCGGCUGUCUGGUGGAGGUCAUUCCUUCGCUCCCUCGCCUCCAGCUCAGCACUUCCUUACCACGGUCAGCACACACGCCUCAGCCCAUGUCCAAGGAGGAACUGACCAGCUCUGUGUCCGUCCAGCUUUUCAACGGAGAGACCCAGCAGCUGACCAUCACCCUGGAGAACAUUGGAUCUGAGGACAUCGAGACUCUGGAACUCACUUCUAAGAUCGUCAGCACCAAAGAGAAAGUGUUUGGGGAGUUUCUGAGCUGGGAUCUGGAAGAGGCUUUGUCUCACCUGCCUCUCAAGCAGGGCCAGGCUGUGAUGCUGACUGUCAACAUUAAAGUCAAGCUGGACUUCUCCGGUCAGGAGACCCUGCUGCAGGACCUCAACGACGAUGGGAUCAGUGUGACGGGACUGCCAAUCUCCAGUCCACUACGCCAAGUCCUCAAAUCCAGAUCUGAGACCAAGUCUGUCAACAGUGAAUCUGGCAAAGCAGAAUAUACCCACGUUAAGACUUUGGAAGCCGUGCUGAACUUCAAGUACUCUGGGGGAACAGGCGAAGUGGAGGGAUACUACAGGGAACUGACUCUGGGAGUCCAUGUCGAUGUGGAACCUUCUGUGUUCUUCACCAGAGUCAGCACCCUUCCUGCUACCAGCACCCGCCAGUGUCACCUGCUGCUCGACAUCUUCAACCCAACAGAGCAUGAGGUCACGGUCAACGCCAAGAACAACCAGGACCUGGUUCUGCACGCCAGCGAGUGCCAGAGAAUGGCGAUCCAGGUUGACAAGUUUGACUUUGAGAGUCUGCCACAGCUGGACCAGGAUGUAACUCGCUUCAACCCCAAACAGCUGGAAGAGGAUCGGCAACAUGCCCAGGGCUUCCAGAUCAACAGCAAGCUGGGCAUCGGCUGGACCAUCCCGUCACUGCGGCGGCGUGGAGAGGCCAGCGUGGAGGGCGUCCUCAACCAGCUGGUCCUGGAUCACCUGCAGCUCGCUCCUCUGCAGUGGGAUGUGCUGGUGAACGGGAAGCCGUGCGACUGCGACGUCGUCGCUGACUGUAAGGUGGGCGACGCCGUGGCGCUGGAGGUCAAACUGACCAAUCGGAGCAAGAACGCAGUGGGACCCCUGGCUCUGACUGUGGUCCCCUAUCAGGACUACCAGAACGGAGUCCAGAACUACGAGCUGGACGAAGCCGUGACCUUCAUCGGCUCCAACACCUUCUACAUCGACACGGUGAAACCCAGAGAGAGCGUGGUGUGUGUGGGCGCUCUGCUCUUCCUCUACACUGGAGAUUUCUACCUUAAUAUCAAGUUCCAGGACGACAGUGCCGGGCGAGAGCUGCCGCUGGCUUGGUUCACUCUGCCCAGCGUCCACAUCAAGUCUCUGGACGCUCCACUGCAGGCCGGAGCAUGAGCGCAGUAUUCCAUGGAUCUCAAUUUGUACUGUAGGUGUGGACGGAGGACGGAGGACUUUGUUGGUGAUGUGUGCGUCUGUAAAUACUAAAGUCUUAUGGGUGGAAAUAUCACGUUGAAGGUCACAGCAUGUGUUCUGGGUGUAAAGUCACGUCCACAGACUGUGGAGAGCUAAAGUUAAGACCAGGCCUGGGCUGGGCUCCGGUUUUAAAGGUAUAGAGUGUUUGUCAGAACACGACGACGACACCACAUCACUCCAGAUUCUAGGACAAACAGACACAGGAUCACUGGAUCUUUCCUGAAUGAAUUUGCGUCUCUUACUGUAGAUGAGUCCGUCGUUACAUGUGACAUGAGAUGCUUGUAAAUAAAUGUU